GCCCGCUUGCCCUCAGUCAGCGACGGGACCCGACCCUGGCUUCUAGGUUGCAGUGGGAAGGGCGCGGGAGCCAGCGAGCGCGACGCCGGAGCCGUUUCUCGUCGGAGUCUUCAGAGAUCCAGGGUCUACCCCCGGGGCGGGCUUGUUGACGCCUCUCGUUCCCGUCUCAGCUUCGGAAAGUGGGCCGGGGCUCACCCCGUCAUCUCCGCGCCAGCCGUGGGAAGGGGAGGCAGGAUGGAGUUCAAGCUGGAGGCACACCGCAUCGUCAGCAUCUCCCUGGGCAAGAUCUACAACUCGCGGGUCCAGCGCGGCGGCAUCAAGCUGCACAAGAACCUGCUGGUCUCGCUGGUGCUCCGCAGCGCCCGCCAGGUCUACCUGAGCGACCCUUGUCCCGGGCUCUACCUGGCCGGUCACCCGGGGGUCCCGCUGCCGCCGCCGCCGCAGCAGCCCGGGGAGUCGGCGGCCGGGCCACCCGCGGGCUGGGGGGAGCCUCCUCCGCCGGCCGCCAGUGCCGCCUGGCCGGAGCCCGCGCCCCAGCCGGAGCGCCCCGCCGUCCCAGAAGUCCCACGGGCGUGCGACACGGAGCCCGCGGCCACGGCGCCGGGCGCCGGGGACACUCUUCAGGGCGGAGAGGCGGAGGCGGCGGAAGCUGCCUGGCGCCGCGUGGAGGGACCACGAGAGGCGGCGGUCGGAGGAGCCGAGGGCCCCGCCGGAUGCUCGGACGUCUUUCCCGAGGGGCCCGGGGCAGCGCGCCGCUCCUGCGGCUGCUCCCUGGGGGACGAGGCCAAGCUGAGUGCGUCCCGCCGCGCGGACGGCUGCCGCGCGCCGCGCCCCGCCGGGCUCGAGCCCCCCGCGCCGCCCCCAGCGUGCCCCAGGAAGCGCGGCGCGGCGGGGGUGGGCGGCGGCCCCGCGGACUGCCCGGCGCCCGGCCUGACCCCGCUCAAGAAACCCCGCCGGAACUCCGAGGAGCAGUCGGGCGGGGCGGCGGCGGCCGCGGAGGAGGAGGAGGAGGAGAUGGAGACCGGUAACGUGGCUAACCUCAUUAGCAUCUUCGGUUCCAGCUUCUCGGGACUCUUACGGAAAAGCCCCGGGGGCGGCCGGGAGGAAGCCGAGGGAGAGGAGAGCGGUCCGGAAGCCGCCGAGCCCGGGCAGAUCUGCUGCGAUAAGCCGGUGCUGAGAGACAUUAACCCUUGGAGCACUGCCAUCGUGGCCUUCUGAGCCCCCGGGUCCCCCAGCGGGAAGGAGGUUGAGCAGCGGGCGUCCCGACGUGAGGGCUGGGCCUCUCCGGCUGGGAGGACGCCCCCCCCCCCGAGGCCGUCGGCGCCGAGCGCGAGGGGGAGAGCGGGGGCCGCCGGGCGGCACGGACUGCCCUUGGGCUUGGCGGCCGGCUGUGCCGAGCCUCUCGGGUCACCCCUUGAGACUUGGGAGUGAGAGGUUUAUUGGAAGAGGACGGUCGUGGACUUCUGUGUCUGUGUAUGUCUGUGUACGUCGGCUCGUCUCGUUGAAUUAAGACUGUUUUGUGUCUCUGGAGUGCAUCACCCCUUCCCCUGGGCUUACGAGAUCGGGGGGCAGACAGGGACUUUCCUCUGCCCGCAGCGCCGCGAAGGAAGCGGCGAAAAAGGCCGGGGCCGGGGAGUUCCCCAUUCGCUCUCGGGGGAGGAAGGGACUUUACACACGCCCUUCACAUGAAAGCUAGAAUCACACCGGGGCCAGGAGCGGCGUUUCCUCACAGGAUUUCCUAAGACUAGAGGGAUUUGGCCUGGAGUAGAGACUUGUAUUAUUUCUCUCCCAACCCACCUUUCUCUCUCACUGAAGAAACGUUUAUGCCCUGGGAUUACUCUGGGAAACGGGAGUGUUAGCGGCUCUUGUCUUCCCUACAGGGAAAAAAGCUUGAUGAACUUCACAGAAGAGUUCAGGCUUGGAAAUAUGGACUUUAUAGAGAAAAGAUUUAUUUUUUAAAAGCUCUAGAUCAGAACUACUACACAGUGCUUUUAAAAAGUGUUUAAGGAAGACAAAGUUUACAGACAGAAGCCCUAAGUGGAAGGACCUUAUGGUUUUGUAGAUAGUGACUCCAGUCUUUGUUGUAUAAAGGUUGGGGGAGCUGACAAGGUUUUUGUACAGUAUUUUCUCCUUCGUUGUAUUGAUUUUUGUAUAAAAAUGUAACUUUACGUGUCUAACACGUAUUAAAUAUUUUGAUGCA